AUGGGCCUGCUCGCCUUCCUGAAGACCCAGUUCGUCGUGCACCUCCUCAUCGGCUUCGUCUUCGUGGUGAGCGGGCUGGUCAUCAACUCCAUCCAGCUCUGCACGCUGGUCCUCUGGCCCGUGAACAAGCAGCUGUAUCGCCGGCUGAACUGCCGCCUCGCCUACUCGCUCUGGAGCCAGCUGGUGAUGCUGCUGGAGUGGUGGUCGUGCACGGAGUGCACCCUGUUCACCGACCAGGCCACGGUGGACAGCUUUGGGAAGGAGCAUGUAGUCAUCAUCCUCAACCACAACUUUGAAAUCGACUUCCUCUGUGGGUGGACCAUGUGCGAACGCUUCGGCGUGCUGGGGAGUUCCAAAGUCCUGGCGAAAAGGGAGCUGCUCUACGUGCCCCUCAUCGGCUGGACGUGGUACUUCCUGGAGAUUGUGUUCUGCAAACGGAAGUGGGAGGAAGACCGGGACACUGUCAUCAAAGGCCUGAAGUCCUUGGCUGACUACCCUGAAUACAUGUGGUUCCUCCUAUACUGUGAGGGCACACGCUUCACGGAGAAGAAGCACCGCGUCAGCAUGGAGGUGGCCGCCUCCAAGGGGCUGCCUGUCCUCAAGUACCACCUGCUGCCUCGGACCAAGGGCUUCACCACCGCGGUCCAGUGCCUCCGUGGGACAGUCGCAGCUGUGUACGACGUCACGCUGAAUUUCCGAGGAAACAAGAACCCGUCUUUGCUGGGGAUCCUCUACGGGAAGAAGUACGAGGCGGACAUGUGCGUCAGGAGAUUUCCUCUGGAAGAGAUCCCAAUGGAUGAGAAGGGAGCAGCUCAGUGGCUUCAUAAACUGUACCAGGAGAAGGAUGCGCUGCAGGAGACAUAUAACCAGAAGGGUGUGUUCCCGGGGCAGCAGUUCAAACCCACUCGCCGGCCAUGGACGCUUCUCAACUUCCUCUUCUGGGCCACGCUCCUCUUGUCUCCUCUCUUCAGUUUUGUCUUGGGCGUCUUUGCCAGUGGAUCCCCCCUCCUGAUCCUGACGUUCCUGGGGUUUGUCGGGGCAGCUUCCUUUGGAGUCCGCCGACUAAUAGGAGUGACUGAAAUAGAAAAAGGCUCCAGCUAUGGAAACCAAGAAUUUAAGAAAAAGGAGUAA